CGCCACGGCCGCCUGCGACCGGAGUGGUUUGCUCAUCCGUGAAGACAGACUCUGACCCAGGGAACCCACGCUGUCAAUCAAGCCCAGGUACUUCCUGCUUUUGCCUUUCCUGCUUCCUCCCCGCCUCCCUCCCAUCUUCCAAGGCAAGAUGUCCAGCAAGGGCUCUGUGGUUCUGGCCUACAGUGGUGGUCUAGAUACGUCCUGCAUCCUCGUGUGGCUGAAGGAGCAAGGCUAUGACGUCAUCGCCUACCUGGCCAACAUCGGCCAGAAGGAGGACUUCGAGGAAGCCAGGAAGAAGGCGCUGAAGCUUGGGGCCAAAAAGGUGUUCAUCGAGGACGUGAGCAAGGAGUUUGUGGAGGAAUUCAUCUGGCCUGCCGUCCAGUCCAGUGCCCUCUAUGAGGACCGCUACCUCCUGGGCACCUCUCUGGCCAGGCCCUGCAUCGCCCGCAAGCAGGUGGAAAUCGCCCAGAGGGAGGGAGCCAAGUUUGUGUCUCACGGUGCAACGGGAAAGGGCAAUGACCAGAUCCGGUUUGAGCUCACCUGCUACUCCCUGGCGCCACAGAUUAAGGUGAUCGCUCCCUGGAGGAUGCCGGAGUUCUACAACCGCUUCAAGGGCCGCAACGACCUGAUGGAAUAUGCAAAGCAACAUGGAAUCCCCAUCCCAGUCACCCCCAAGAGCCCGUGGAGCAUGGACGAGAACCUCAUGCAUAUCAGCUACGAAGCUGGGAUCCUGGAGAACCCCAAGAACCAGGCACCUGCUGGCCUCUACACAAAGACCCAGGACCCUGCGACCGCCCCCAACAGUCCAGACGUUCUUGAGAUCGAAUUCAAGAAAGGGGUCCCCGUGAAGGUGACCAAUGUCAAGGAUGGCACCACGCGCCAGACCUCCUUGGAGCUCUUCCUGUACCUGAAUGAAGUCGCGGGCAAGCACGGCGUGGGCCGCAUUGACAUCGUGGAGAAUCGCUUCAUCGGGAUGAAAUCCCGAGGCAUCUACGAGACGCCUGCGGGGACCAUCCUGUACCACGCUCACUUAGACAUCGAGGCCUUCACCAUGGACCGGGAAGUGCGCAAAGUCAAGCAGAGCCUGGGCCUGAAGUUUGCCGAGCUGGUCUACAUGGGUUUCUGGCACAGCCCCGAGUGUGAAUUCGUGCGCCACUGCAUUGCCAAGUCCCAGGAGCGCGUGGAGGGGAAGGUGCAGGUGUCUGUCUUCAAGGGCCAGGUGUACAUCCUGGGCCGAGAGUCCCCGCUGUCUCUCUACAAUGAGGAGCUGGUGAGCAUGAACGUGCAGGGCGACUACGAGCCCAUGGACGCCACCGGCUUCAUCAACAUCAACUCCCUCAGGCUGAAGGAGUACCAUCGCCUCCAGAGCAAGGUCACCACCAAAUAGACCGGCCCACAAUGAAGACCUGAAGCCUCCUCUCCCCUCACCUCUCCCCGCACAGGCACUGAUUGUUGUUGUGAUAAUUCGUAAUUGUGACUUGUUCUUCCCGCCUGGCAUUUGUUCCUGCAGCUUGCAGAGGUCAUUUCCCCCCCCUCCCCACCGCCACCCCAGGGUGGGGGCAGCUGCCUUGGGGAGCUGUUGAAAAAAGACAAUUAAAAGAAAAUGCAUUA